GCCAAUCACGCUCGAUGCACACACGAAAUAUAUUUACCGGCUUAUUUCCUCAGGGGCACAAGUCUUGGGUUAGACACUAGCGUGAAGUGAAAUUAGCCUAUUGCUCAGACAGAACUUACAAAGACUGAAAAGUUUGGGGCAUUGCCUCAGCUUUCGCGAACACAAAAAUAAUUGCGUGCAGAAAAGUUGUGAUGGACUUUUGAGAGAAGAACACAACUUUGUUUGGGUUGCUCUUGAAGAAGAACCUUUUGUUCACAGCUAACGUUAACGCUGCGUUUAUUUUUUUUUCGUUUUCAAUAAUAUUCUGAGACAAAAUGAAACACUGAUCGAAUUUGAAGAAGAGAAGACUUUUAAAGAGUACCGCUAAGUUACGGACAUCUUGAGUUAUCUUUACUGUUAUCACAUCACAUGGAUUCCGGUGGUAAGCAAGUGACACUCCAGCUGUUAUUGGCUGUAGGAACCGCUGUUAUUGGUUCCCUCCAAUUUGGCUACAACACCGGUGUCAUCAACGCCCCUGAAUUGAUCAUCAAGGCGUUCUACAAUGAAACCUGGUUUGACAGAUAUGAGACUCCGAUCACCGAGACCAACCUCAUCACACUAUGGUCUGUCUCAGUGUCCAUGUUCUCCGUGGGAGGUAUCUUUGGUUCCUUCUCAGUGGGUGUGUUCGUCAACCGCUUUGGAAGGAGGAACUCCAUGUUCAUGGCCAACGUUCUAGCCUUCAUCUCUGCCGCCCUCAUGGGAUUUUCCAAGUUGGCCGCCUCCUGGGAAAUGCUCAUCAUUGGCCGCUUCGUUGUAGGCCUCUACUCUGGCCUGUCCACGGGGUUCGUGCCCAUGUACGUGGGCGAGGUUUCACCCACCGCCCUCCGAGGUGCCCUGGGUACCCUCCACCAGCUGGGCAUUGUGACUGGCAUCCUAAUUGCACAGGUCUUCGGCAUGGAGAGCAUCAUGGGUAACGCUGCGUUCUGGCCCCUCCUGCUGGGCUUCACUGUUGUCCCGGCGGUGGCCCAGUGUUGCCUGCUGCCCUUCUGCCCUGAGAGCCCACGCUUCCUCCUCAUCAACCGCAACGAAGAAAACAAGGCCAAGAACGUUUUGAAGAAGCUGCGUGGGACAUCGGACGUGAGCGCGGACAUGCAGGAGAUGAAGGAGGAGAGCAGGCAGAUGAUGCGGGAGAAGAAGGUGACCAUCCCCGAGCUGUUCCGCUCACCACUCUACCGCCAGCCCAUGAUCAUCGCCAUCAUGCUGCAGCUCUCCCAGCAGCUGUCUGGCAUCAACGCUGUGUUCUACUACUCCACUAGCAUCUUCAAGAAAGCCGGAGUGUCACAGCCUGUGUACGCCACCAUUGGAGCUGGUGUGGUCAACACCGCCUUCACAGUGGUCUCGCUCUUUGUGGUGGAGCGUGCCGGGCGCCGGUCCUUGCACAUGCUGGGAUUGAUUGGCAUGGCUGGCUCCGCUGUGCUGAUGACCAUCGCUCUAGCUCUCCUGAACAAGCUGAAGUGGAUGUCGUACGUGAGCAUCGUGGCCAUCUUUGGCUUUGUGGCGUUCUUCGAGAUUGGCCCAGGGCCCAUCCCCUGGUUCAUUGUGGCUGAGCUCUUCAGCCAGGGACCCCGGCCUUCCGCCAUGGCUGUGGCCGGCUUCUGUAACUGGACGGCCAACUUCAUCGUGGGCAUGGGCUUCCAAUACGUGGAGGCGGUUUGUGGGCCAUACGUGUUUGUGAUCUUCACCAUCCUCCUCCUCUUCUUCUUCGUCUUCACCUACUUCAAAGUCCCCGAAACCAAGGGCCGGACGUUCGACGAGAUCUCCGCCGGUUUUCGCCAGUCCUCUGCCACCGGUGCUGAGAAGCAUCCGGAAGAGCUCAACAGCCUGGGGGCAGAUUCUCAGCUCUGAGGCACCCCAGCCUCACAACCCCCACCAAAUCUCCCCCACCCCCAAUCCAUCCACUCACCCCCAUCUCCUAGAGUUUGUUUCAUUUUAUUGCAUUCUAUUAUUUUAGUUAAUGUUAUUUUAGUUUUGCAGAAAGUAGAGCAAGGCCAACUAAACUAAAGUAAAGGCCCCAAUGACCUAGUAGCACUGAUGGGUUUGGGGGGGGGGGGGGGUUGAAAAGAGGGUUGACUUGGAGGAGGGGAUGAGAAGAGAGGAGAUUGUUAACAAAGGGUUAGAAGGACACAAGCGAGAGAGAUGAUCGCGGGCGGUCUGUUUUCAUACUUCCCCAAACUGCUCUAAUUGUUUACUAGACUGUUACUUUACACUGUACUGACUGGAGGCUGGAGUGUGAAUAUGGUGGUGCCUCCUUUUUUCUGCUCCUUUUCUCUCUCCCUCUUGUUCCCUUUUUCUCUAAGUGCGUUAGGCGUGUCUCUCUGGCCUACUUCUGGUAGAUGUCAGGAGGACUUGUUAUUUUUCGUUGUAAGUCCAACUGCCUGUGACCCUGGCGUCAUGGGCUUUUACAAAAAACUUGCUGAACAUAGCUGAAGUCUACCUGUACACUUUGUUAUACUUGUUAGUAUAAAGAUGAGAACCUAGACCCUCAUCCAAUGGUUAGCGCUUUCAGCCCAGUGUUUGCGUCAGACCUGCAGGGGGCGAUAGCGAGACACUCAUUUCAGUUCCCUGUUUGACAAAUGGGUUUCAGGUGUCCAUGUGAGGUUACUGGGCAACAGAGACCUAAAACUGUAUUUAUUUCUCAGACAUUUCUUGAUAAAUAGAAUCUCGUAUAUUUUAGUGCUUACACUGAUUUUAAAAGAUCAUUUGUAUUCUAAAGAAUCGUAUCAUGUAAAUAUAUAUUUUUUACACAUCUCGUUUAAAGUUAUUUUAUCCGCAUAUGAAACUGUCAGUAAAUAUUUCUAGAGCUAAUGAAAUGUAGAGACAAAUAAACCAAAUCAUGACGUUUAGAUUCUGUAGAAUUUCUAGCAAGAGUUUCAAACUACUGUAUGAAGCAGAAAAAAAACAUGCUGAAAGAUGAAAUGUUACAUUUGAAGGAGGAACCAUUGUGUUAUCCCAGAUGUUUAAGGUCGACUGCUUCGGGUGGCACAUCUGCCCUGAACGGAGGCUGAUUGCUGAGGGGUGGUUAGGGACUUCAUCAUCAUCACUUCUCACCAUAACAAUAAUUCUGAUGCUGCCUUUGCCACAAACAAUUCAUCAGGUGCCUUAACACCCCAGUCCAAACAACAAAAACAGAAAAUAUCCCUCUUCUGCAAAGGCAUUUGCUUUGCACCCAUCACUAGAUGAAUGUAAACUCUUUAUGUGUGUCCUCGACAGUGCAGAAGGGGUUGGGCAUGGCACAUCCUUUGAAAGAGGGACCAAAUCAGACACCUUGCUCUGCCAUCCUUUUUUUCUGCUCUAAAAACUACACUCCGCUUUGGUGGGCCACUGGCAGUAAUAGAAUGUGUUGGUAGCUGUUUUGUCAGGCUGGUUUCACCCAAUGUCUAGUCUACAUUAUUGUUGUCUGUCUCUGCCUUUGCCACCACGGUCCCAAAUGACUCCGAUCCGGGGCUGAUUUGUGUGGUAGUUUGUGUGUUGAAGUACAUGUAGCUGUUGCGGUCAUGUUUUGUGAUGUUUUACCUGCUGUAUCAAGCCUGCUGUGCCACUUCAGAGUGUUCUGUCUUUCCUUAUCAGCACUUUAUAGUAGCCUGCUGCUAUCAGACUAUAUUUCUCACCAGCUCAGUUUUUACAGCUAGGGUAGUCUGGAAACCUUCGAUCUACAGACAAUUGGCCUGGUAGAGUGGUUUAGGUGACCAUCAACAACCAUAAAGCCUUAACAGAAAGCCUGUGUUUGCUGCAAAAUCAUCUAUUUUACUUGAGGGUAGAUUUUGUAAAAACUCCUUUACUCUGGACAGGUGAAGGCCAAGAAUUUAAUGUUGUUCUUGCCCUAAACAGGGGCUUGCCACAAGAUCUCUUUCGCUGACAUUUUGGUCUAAACCUAAGCUUUUGGCUAAGGCACACCUGACUUGAAUGAUGACCCAUGCGGGUUUCCAGACCACAGUGAAUACUCUGAAAAUAUAUGGUGGCAGCGUUAGACUAGUAUUUUCCUCCAAAAACAAUGUUUGCAUUUGAAUAGUUUGGUUUCAAAAACACAAUAUCCUCCAUUUUAAUGAAUAUUCAUGAAUAUAUAUAUAUUUUUUUUUUUUUUUUUUUUUUUU